AUGGUGCGUAACUUUGGUGGGAGAUUGUUGCCCUUGGGGAUCACUGUCAAAGAGUUGACGGGAGAUAUGUCACUUACUAAGCAGGAAAUUCUCAACACUCAGGUAUGAAACAACUUAACAACACUACAGCAAAAUCUCAAGUCUCACCUAAGCCGUCCUGUUGAAUAUUUUCUUAAAAGCAAAAUAAAUACAAAUUAAAAUAUGUUUCUUCUUAUGCAUAGCGAUAGACUAUAGAAAGGAAAAAUUAAUGAAACUUUUCUAAGUACUUUAUUUAUAAACUAGUUACAGCUCCCCAAACAUUAGUGACAGCAAUGUGUGAACUUCACAUCUACUAUAAAUCCUUCACAAAACAUGAACUCAAGUAACAAGUAUUUAAGAAUCUCAAUUUUUGCUACACCCCGUUCCGCCUUGAUACAUCACUGCACACUUUUUAUUUCACGCCUUUGAACUAUAUUAAAUGUUCUGAUGUCGCAACCACUUUUAAAUGGAAUAUUUACUACACCAUAUUUAAAUUGAGAUCAUUUCAUUUUUGGAAAAGAAAAUAUUAUGCACCAAAUGCAGUUGCGUUACUUAAAAAAAAAUCAUUUAGUGUAGUUACCAGGAAUUAUAUUUUCCAGAAAUGGAAGCAGUCACACCACAAGCAAAAUAUAUACCGGGUAUAAGAGAUUGUUAUUAUUGUAUGGUAAAUUUGUAAUUAGAUUGUUAGCAGAUAACUUGACCCAUGAAGAGAUUUGAAAAUUGUAAAAUUUGUAUUUGAAUGAUGUGAUAAAACUAAAAGUGAAAAAUAGUAACAUCCAAACAUGUUUUUGAGAGCAGAUGUUGGUGACCACACCAGAAAAAUGGGAUGUUGUGACACGUAAGAGUACAGGUGAUGUGGCCCUUGCCCAGCUGGUCAAGCUGCUGAUUAUUGAUGAGGUCCACCUCUUGCACGAUGACAGGGGGCCAGUCAUUGAGACACUUGUUGCAAGAACAAAGAGACAAGUAAGUUCAAACAGUUUAUCCACUAUACCCGUGCUAUUGCAGCUUUGGGUCAUGUCACUUCAUUUUGCAUCUGUGCAUCUGUCAAGAUGUUUAUCCCCCCCCCCCCAAACCGCCCUCUUUUAAAAAUGUUUUUAUUUUAAAUUUAUAACAAAUGACAUUUAUUUUAUGUCACCUUCAAUAUAAUAAUAGCACAUUUCAAAGAUGUAUGCAUUAUGAUGUGCAUGGAUACUUAUGAUGACUAGUUGUUAGCUUUCUGAAAGCUUGGCUAACAAAAUUACAAUAAGUAUUUAUCUGAACAUUUUAAAUGUAGUUACAGACAUAUUUGUAAUAAAAUUUAAGAGUGGUCACUAGAAUAUCAGUGCUCAAUUAAACAAAAUAAUUAGACAGGAUACCAUGUUUCAUUUCUAAAGUGUAAAUGUCGUUUUAAAAAUUGAAAUCUGAACCAACACCAAAAUAGCGUAUUCUGUUGGCCGACAGGUGGAGAGCACCCAGAGCAUGAUCAGGAUCGUAGGUUUGUCUGCCACGUUGCCAAAUUACCCAGAUGUUGCGACCUUCUUGAAUGUAAACCCAUACACUGGCUUGUUCUUCUUUGAUGGCAGAUUUAGACCAGUGCCUCUUAGCCAGACAUUUAUUGGUAAUCUCAUAAUUAACUAGUUCUAAAAAAAAAAAAGGACUUUUUUGUUCUGCACAAAAAUAGCUAAUUUUUAUUGCUGAUUGAAGUUUAUGCAUGUUUCUUUUAAAUGUCACUUUAUAAAUUAAAUUUGUCAUAGGCCUUUGAAAAAUUAUGUCAUUACCAUUAGCCUCUUUGCUAGUAUACUUGUGUUUCAAACUCCUGGUAAAUAAGUGUGUAUUUCCUUAAUAAAGAUUUUUGAAAUAAAGUCCUUGCUUAUUCCCAAAAUAUCUCUUUAUUUAAAUCUCAUUUAACGGCUAUUAUAGUAGCAACUCCUAUCUUAUUGAAACAGGUGUCAAGUCUGUCAACAAGAUGAAGCAACUCAACGACUUCAACACUAUAUGCUAUGACAAGGUUCUCAAACAAGUUCGU